GCCGGCGCGGGGGCGCACCAUGCCCUCCUUCGACGAGGCGCUGCAGCGGGCCGGCGAGUUCGGGCGCUUCCAGCGGCGCGUGUUCCUGCUGCUGUGCCUGACGGGCGUCACCUUCGCCUUCCUCUUCGUCAGCGUGGUCUUCCUGGGCAGCCGGCCCGACCGCUACUGGUGCCGCGGGCCGAGCGCCGCCGCCCUGGCCGAGCGCUGCGGCUGGAGCCCCGACGAGGAGUGGAACCGCACGGCGCCCGCCCGCCCGGGCCCCGCGCCCCGCGGCGACGGCCGCUGCCAGCGCUACCUGCUGGAGGCGGCCAACGCCAGCGCCCCCGCCGCGGGCGCGCUCAGCUGCGCCGACCCGCUCGCCGCCUUCCCCAACCGCUCGGCGCCGCUCGUGCCCUGCCGGGGCGGCUGGCGCUACGCCCAGGCCCAGGCCACCAUCGUCAGCGAGUUUGACCUCGUGUGUGGCAAUGCUUGGCUGCUGGACCUCUCCCAAGCCAUCCUAAACCUGGGCUUCCUGGCCGGAGCGUUCACCUUAGGCUAUGCUGCGGACAGGUUUGGCAGAAUAGUCGUUUACUUGAUUUCCUGCCUGGGCGUUGGCAGCACCGGCGUGGUGGUCGCGUUUGCCCCCAACUUCCCCAUGUUCAUGGUCUUCCGCUUCCUGCAAGGCCUGUUCGCCAAGGGCACGUGGAUCACCUGCUACGUGAUCGUGACAGAAAUUGUAGGUUCGAAACAAAGGAGGAUUGUGGGAAUAGUGAUUCAGAUGUUCUUCACCCUUGGAAUCAUAAUUCUCCCUGGAAUUGCCUACUUUAUUCCCAAUUGGCAAGGGAUCCAGCUGGCCAUAACGCUGCCCAAUUUCCUCUUCCUCCUUUAUUUCUGGGCGGUUCCUGAAUCUCCUCGCUGGCUGAUUACUCAGAAGAAAGGGGAUAAAGCCCUGCAGAUUCUGAGGCGCAUUGCCAAAUGCAACGGGAAAUACCUCUCGCCAACUUACUCAGAGAUCACGGUCACGGACGAGGAGGUGAGUAACCCGUCCUUUCUAGACCUGGUGAGGACGCCCCAGAUGCGCAGGUGCACGCUCAUCCUCAUGUUCGCCUGGUUCACCAGCGCGGUGGUCUACCAGGGGCUCGUCAUGCGCCUGGGCAUCGUGGGGGGCAACCUCUACAUCGACUUUUUCAUCUCGGGUGUGGUGGAGCUGCCGGCGGCGCUCCUGAUCCUGCUCACCAUCGAGCGCUUUGGGCGCCGCCUGCCCUUCGCGGCCAGCAACGUGGUGGCGGGUGUCGCCUGCCUGGUCACUGCCUUCCUGCCCGAAGGAAUACCGUGGCUGAGGACCACUGUUGCUACCCUGGGAAGACUCGGGAUAACCAUGGCCUUUGAAAUCGUUUAUUUGGUGAAUUCAGAAUUGUACCCGACGACAUUACGGAACUUCGGAGUUUCGCUGUGUUCCGGGCUAUGUGAUUUUGGGGGCAUCGUGGCCCCGUUUCUGCUCUUCCGGCUGGCAGCUGUUUGGCUAGAGCUACCGCUCAUCAUCUUCGGUAUCCUGGCCUCUGUCUGCGGUGGCCUCGUGAUGCUCCUGCCUGAAACCAAGGGUAUCGUCUUGCCAGAGACAGUGGACGAUGUGGAAAAACUCGGCAGUCCGCAGGCCUGUACGUGUGGCAGGAAAAAGGAAACCCAAGUUUCUAGCUCCCGCCUCUGAGGUCCCCUGAGAAAAACGAAGGAGGAAACUUGUCUGACUGAUCCCCCAAGGACCCGACAUGCCUUGCGGAGACUUGUGUGUCCACUUACGCUGCGGGGAGCUGUGCAGCUCUACGUGUUCUUAAUACUGUACAGACACUCAACCUAUCUGGAUAUUUUUAUACAAUGUUGGCCGGGUCAAGACGCAUCUCCAUUCCGAGCCCACGCCAGGUGCGGACGGCGAGAGACAAGCUGCUGUGCUCGCAGCUCCUCCUGAGGCUGGAGCCUGGAGCCUGGCCCAUUUGGUCCCGGGUACAAGUGAAGCCCCGUCCAGUUCCCAUCACAGCUGCAUCAAGACUGCAGGACCUGGAUCUGGGGAGUCUGCACAACAAUGGGGCCGUCAGCGAUCCCCAAGACAUAACUCUGAGCUGAGGGCCUGAAGAUACCUGCAGGAGGGCGACCUGGGGGGCCUGUUUGUGGAGAGACAGGAUCUAAGGCCCGCAGGGCACGAGGCACUGAGCCACCACUUUCUCUCCUGGCCCUGAGCUCUGCGGCCCCACGGCACCUGGGGUCGCUGCCUUCCGGCUAUUUCCAUAGCUAAGAACAAAUCUGCAGUGCAAUUCGGGGGGUUGGCUCUGUUCUUUAAAGUCACUUUCAGUCCUGAGAUUCAGGAUGGUUUGGGCCCCCUUUAGGGGACAGUGAGCACCGUCCUUAGCUCUUUACUAAACAAAAUUGUGGAUUAUGAUGGCAUGAGCCUCGUGAUUUUAAUCACAAAGGGAUAUGUGUCUUGUAUUUGUGAGGUCAGGUCUGUGAGGGUGACGGCAUCUGUGGUCAAGCGGGGAAACCACAGACAGUUCUCAUUCUAGCUGGACGCUUUUGUCUUAGGAAGAAGCUGCCGUGGUAAUGGAAAGAAAAGGCCCAUUGGAUCCAUGCUUCAAGAAUGAGCAGAAGCUUUCUAAGUGACUUUUUAAGCACCCCCGAGGGAUUGGAUCUUUUUAGUGCCCGAGGCUUCCGAGGUGUGCCUUUACAGUAUGCUGCCUUGCCCGAGGUCUGCUUCCUAUCACAUUUGUUAUAUUUUCAGAUUCAGCACGUGGCUUCUGCAGAGCUUUUUAAUGGGUUCUUUUGUGCUCAUGGGCAAAAUGGGCGCGGAAGGGAAAGCUGGCCGAGGAGGAGAGUUCCUGUGUGAACAGGUGACAACACGUGUGUCGUGUGUGUUGAUUGUAAAAUAAGCUUCUUGAUCCUUAAAACCCCCACCAGAGUUGAUGAGGAGCAUCUUGUUUGGUGCUGAAAGGAGCACAGCUCGUGCGGGGUGCGCCGGGCAUCCACCCUCAUCCACACACACUGGGCCUCUGCUUCCUUCUCUUUUGCUCUUCGAUACUAUCACCUUUGAAUUGUAUUUUGGUUCUGGUAAGAAUAAAAAUUUUAAAUUGCCAAGGAAAAUCAAUGUCCAUCCUUGCUCUUCCUCCCAAACACAUGUCCCUGUAAAUACACUAUGCCUGGGUGACCUUAGCGCUGUCCACCCCGGUGGCCAGUCAGCAGUGGGAAUUAAGGAGUCACUUAUGUUCCUUGUUCCUUAGUAAGCACUUGGCACCAUCUCUAGACUCAGAUGUGACCCAGAAUAACAUUCAGACUCUAGCUGGUCUUGGAUUACACACCCACUGCCCAAUUCACAGCGCACAACUGCCGGUGUCGGCUGUGCUGGCCACGGUCGAGCUGUCAGGAACAGAUUUCAUUCCCAAGAAUAGAAUUUGUUCUCAUGACCCCCGCCCGCCACAUACCUGUUGUGCUCUGAAAACAUUUAUCUCAUUGCCAAAAAUAAACACAUGGAAGAUGUGUGUCCAGCCACCUUUCACCCACAAGAGAGACACACAACAAACUUAGGAGUUCUGGGCUCACAUCGCCAUGGUCCCACAGGCUCCGCAGUCUUUAUGUGACUAUACGUGAGGGAAAAGAGCAAAAUCUGUUAGCUACUCUGUUGAAAAUUGGUAGGAUGAACAAAGAAAUGGAAACAAGGAAGAUCAAAAACUUAAAGUACAUGGUUUAUUUUCAACAUAUGUCCAAACUGUGUUGCCUGUCACAGCCUGUGCACCCACGGGACUGGAAAAAUUUAUCCACAACAAUAUUAAAAAAUGUUGCGAUU